AUGAUAAAAUCUGAAAUGAUACCGUGUUUACAGAAUGCUAUGCAAACCCUCCAGAACAUCUGGAGCGAAAUUGGUUUACAAGAAGAUCAGAGAGAGGAGAGAACUAGAUCUGUUUUGUUUCAUUUACGGAAUUUGCUUCAAGAAAUGGUCAGCGAAGAGGAAGAAAUGAAAGCCACUCUUCAAGCAAAUGUGGAAACUUGUACUCAAGAAUUGGAAAAGUUGAGCCAAGAACUUGGAUUACCAGUGGAGAAGGUGGGUAGACAUAAAGUGAGAUCAGAUUGAAUGAUCACCAAUGUCUAGACACGUUUAUACUUAAAAGACACUACUUGUUGUCAAGUAAAUGUUUCUCUUUGAAUUGUCAGUUACUGUUAAAUUUUAUUGGUGAUGAUUGUUUUCAGCCAGAGAAGCCCAUGAGCAUACUUAUGUUGGAAAAUGACCUGCGCACAAAAGUGGACAACCUGAAACUGGUAUAGUACAUGUUCUUUUUAAUUAGAAGAUAUCAUCUCACAUUUACACAUUUGUGUUUUAGUGUAACAAUAACUUAGAUUGAUUUACCCAUCAAUACUAUCAUUGCUAUUGUGACCAGUACCUACAUGUACACAUGCAGCUACAGAUGCAAAUGAUUAGCCUGUUGGCAUAUAACCGCAAUGAGUAUAUACUAAAGCGUUGGAUAGGGUUGUAGGCAUGCUUUGAUUGGCUACUCAAACUCCAAAGUUUCUGUCCUAUUCACCUCUGAGCAUUUACACAGGUAAUUUGUGCCCAAUAUAUUGUAAUUGUUGCAGGAAUAAAUGAGUUAAAAUCUUUUUUUGUGUGCCAUAUUACAGUGGUAUCCCACUGUUUUAGUUUAUGCCUAAACAACUAUUCACUUCAGUGGUUAGUGGUUGAUAUUUACCUUGAUGCCUAGUGGCUCAGAAAAUAUCCACCACUAACCACCUCCACUUUGUUGAAUAAUUGUUAAUUUAUUUCUACCACACAGGUGAAAAGUGCUUUUAGUUUGAAAGAGAUCAGCUACAGUAGUACUAUUGCAGCCAGAGACAAAAUGAGGCACAAGUUGCAUCUCUUUAGGCUGGGUGUAGAUAUUAGAGAACAGCAGGUCUUUCCUUUCAAGCCAGACAUUUCUCAUUGUAGUUAGCUGACAACUGUCUCUUGUCACUUGUUAGAAACUGUAAGAAAAAAAAGCUUCUUUGUUAUAGAAAGUGAACUUUAUAAAGAGUGUGAUCUUCCUUGCAGGAAAAACAUGAGCGCAUGAAAAAGUUAAAAACUUUGAGAGAAACAGAAUCCAAGUUUUGUAAUCAGAUGUGCCUUCCUGCUCAUAACCUGGGUGAUGUUAAUGUACCAACCAAGGAACAACUCAAAGAAUUAGAGGCAAAUGUGGAAUACUUGCAGAAAGAACAUGUGAGUGGAGUAAUGUCUUUAAUUGACUUGGGAAAUAGUUGUUUUGGUACAGGAAGGAAAGGAUUUGCAAAAUGGAUGUGUCAUUCUCAAAAGAAUUUCACCUUUUCAGUCAACCAACUGAAUGAAAAGAGAAACAUACUUUUAAUUAGAUUAUAGACUAUGUAGAGUUCCUCCUUUUUGGGAAAGUCUGUAGUGUUAGUAAGAAAAAGAUUGACCUCAGUGCUGAUCAGAACUCUGGGAGUGAGGUAUACAAAAGAAGUUCCUCGCAGCAUGCUGGCAACAAUUUUUUUCAAUUUUUUUAUUCUCCUGACAGACUUCCUUAAAAAGGGGGGGGGGGCCUGCUGAUAGUUUAACUAAAUUGAAAGUAAUAAUUGAUGAUGAUGAUGAUACCAGUAAUUACAAUUAUGCCUAAUAGCCCUGCAGUAAUUGUGGUAUUUGUUACAUGUAAUACAGUAUGUAUGGAUGCAUGAGGAUAACAAUCUUUGGUGUAUUCAGGGGUUUUAAUAAAAGGCAGUUAGCAUUGGUCUACCACUGGCUAUAAGAUCUGCCAUCUGUUUAUCCCACAAGCAGGCUGUUGUGUUUGGGUUUUGUCUUAUGGCACUGCUGCAUAUUACUCCAUCAGCUGCUGCUCAAGUAAAAAAACAAACAAACAAACAACUUUAUUUAAGGAGGGUAACACACAACAGUAAUUCAACUGAUGAACUGGUGGCCCUCGAUCCCAAAAGUACCAUAAUUAGAAUUAAAAUGUUUUCAAGGAUUAUAAAACUGGUUGACAGGUCUAUAAGAAUAUAAGCCAAAAACUGGAUAAAAUAAAAUAUGCUGCCAUAACAAAAAAAUGGAAGAAGUUAGUGAAACCCCAUGUAUUAUAUAUUACUCCUCUGUUUUGUCUCAGGGAAAAAGGUUGAAUACUUUCAAGGAAUUAAAACAAUCAAUUCAGACACUGUGGAGAGAAAUAGAGACAGUUCCAUCAACUUCCAUAGAAAUGGAACUGGUUAAAAGUGAUGCAGAGACAACAUUCAAGCUUUCAUCUGACAAUAUGGAGCAUCUGAGAGGACUUAAUACUGAGGUAAGAUGUUCUACUCCUUUGACAGAAAAAAAGAAAACAUAUUUGAAAAGAUCUCAUCAUUUUUAUAAAUUUGUUGUGUGCACAGCUUGAAAAUCAACAGAAGAGGUUAAUUGCUGAAUCAUCUGAGUUGACAGAGACAAUCAAAUCACUGUGGAGCAAACUUGAAGUUGAUGAGUCAGACAGGAAAGUCUUUCUUGCAAAGCAUGUUGGAUCUAAACCUUCUGUUAUAACUAAGGUUAGUAGUCUUAAAUUCUGACUUACUGACAGAGUGAGCUGAGGCAAAACGAGAAAACAAAUUAUAUGGUUGUUGCAUAUCAUGCACAUGGACUAGUGUACCAGCAAGGAGAGAAACCUUUGACCAGUGUCAUCACUCAACAGAAAUCAGUAUUGCUCUUGCUCUAGUUUCAUUACAGAAGGGCUGAUAAAAUUGCUGCUUUUCUAAUGAACUAUUUUUAUUUUGUUGUACAUGAAGACUAACUGUUCUAUUUUUCUCUGCUUCAGUUGAAAGAAGAAGUCCAAAGAUUACAAGCCUUGAAACUACAGCAUAUGCAAAAAUUCAUAGAAGGUCUCAGGUAAAUUAGAUGUUUCCAGCUGCUUAUUAUUUUGAAAGCAAGUCAUGCACAAAGUUCUACCUUCUUAGUUCUAUUUUACCCUUUACAGCCUAACAUCAAUAUCCACAUUCUUCUCUACACAUUUUCUUUGGUUGUGACAAGGAGAAUUUACUUAACAAUCAAAGCUUCUUGGGUUGGUGAUCUUUUCCCUUUUUAUCAUGAUCUUAAUGAAUGAUUCAGCAGUAUAACUAUAGGGAGAAAUUAGAUUCUGGUCACCCUUAGGGCUCAAAAGGUUUAUUGUUAAAUAUGAUUUUCAAGUUGAUAAAGUUAAGGUAAUUCUGUUCAUAUUUAAUCCUUCAGAAAGGAACUGUCUGAUUUAUGGGACAAGUGUUAUUUUGGACCAGCACAACGAGAAGAAUUCUCUCCAGCUUUUGAUGGUAUGUGUUCACAAACUGGUCAUAAUUAUGAUCAUGAUGUUUGUAAUGAUACUUUAUUGAAAGUUAAAGGAAUCAACCUUCCCCUGUUUAAUUUUUGACCUUCAACAUAAUCUUUGGAAAUAAAUCUUUCCAGACAACUUUACAGAGGAACUCUUGUCGCUUCAUGAGCAUCAAGUCGAGGUCAUGAAGAAUUAUUAUGAAGGAAACAAGGACAUUUUCAAACUUGUGGAGAAAAGAGAAACGCUGUUUAAGACAAUGGAGGAAUUUGAGGUGAUUUUCACUUAAUAAUAGAUAUUACUUAUUGUGUGAAAUCUUGGAAAAAUUUAAAAACUGAAUUGUAAAUAAACUUGAUAUUCUGUUCAUAAUAUUAUCUAAAGAAUUUGUAGCAAAGUUUUUAUUAAGUGUUUUGUUCCUUUUUGUCUUCAGAACAGAAAAAAUGACACAAAUCGCCUUGCAAAUCGUGGUGGGGCACUCUUGAAGGAAGAAAAAAUGAGGAGAGGAAUAAACAAGGAACUACCUAAGGUGAAAAAUCCAAUCAUAAUAAACGAACUGUUUUAUUGCCAUUUCUCACUAAAAAAUUGCUAAUUUAACUAUUUCAAUUGUUCAGAUUGAACAGAAACUGGUUACGCAAAUAAAAAAGUGGGAAGAAGAGAAUGAACGACGAUUCCUAAUCAAUGGCUGCCAUUAUAUGGACAUUAUCAACCGUCAGUGGGCAGCAUAUAAUGCACAGAAGGAACAAGAGAAACUGGAAAGGGUAAAAAAAGUAGAAACAGAUGAACACAAUUUCAAAUAAUUUGAAAUAUUAGUGACUCAAAAAUUUUAUCAUUGCCUACAUAUCAUUGCAAACUUGACUAUUAAGCUAUUGGAACCUGGGUUGACCAUACUUGUGAUGUAAACUCUAUGAGAUGCAACAACUUUUAUUUGUAAAAUUAUGCUUGUAUCAAAUUUCAUGAUCAUUUUAUGCUGAUGUGAUAUUCAGUUUGUUAUCAAAUGACUAAGUUAAACACUUAAUGUUCCCUAAAGCAAAAACAAAAACAAGAGCUAAUGGAGAAAGAGAUGGUUUUUGGAAGCAAGCCAGCGACCACACCCAAGAAAAAAAGGUAUCAACAGCCUAUUAAUUCUAGUGUGUGUCAUUACCAAUCACAGUUUAACAAAGCAUUGAACUUGAUUAAUCAAUUGAAACAUAUUCAAUAUUAAUAUUAAUCUAUCUCAUUUACUUUGAUUAUGGCACAGACCAAUUGGAGGAGGAACAACACCCUUAAAGACACCAAAACGAAUGAAAGUGAGGAACUAACUUACUUUUGGGUUGGAAAAUAGUUGUAUGUGAAAUUCUGAACUUUUCCAUGUUUUUGAAGAAUGAUUAGCGUACGUCUUAUGUAUGAACCUGCUUCACUGUCAAUGCAGAGGCUCUCAAAGAAAAAUUUUGAAAAAAUUAACAACGACAUAACAGCUGUAACAGAAAAGGUCUCUUUGGAGAGAGAGAGAGAGCCUCCAUCAAGGAGCUUACAACAAAUGUGUGUGCCUGAGAAAUAACAAUUUUGCUGUUAAGAUAAAAACUGUUUUUUGGUAACAUUUUUAAGGUCGAAGCUCUGUCAGUUAGACUGAUAUAAACUUUUAGCUAGCUAAUGGUUAGAUAGGGUUGAAUAUGUAUUACAUGUUAUCAUAUUUCACAUUUACAGUGUAAGCCUACUUAAAGUGAGUCAGUGUUAUGGUCUCAUGGAUAAUUAGCAAAAAUAUCAAAUUGUUACAUGACUAGUCAGCAGGUUAGGUACAAGCAAGUUAAACUGUUGAUCUCAGUCAAUGACCAACAUCAUGCUUUAAUGCCUUUUUGAUUCUCAUAGAUGCAAGAUUACACAUCAACACCAUCAAGAUUGCAUCUCCACUCUAGCAUUUGCCCAUCCCCAAGGUCUGCUGCAGGAAAUACAAAUGGCCGUCCUCCACUUGCUACAAAACCCAACAUAAGAAAAGUUGCCAAGACCAUAAAGAAAAAAGUGGUAACUUAAAGAUGAUCUCAUUAUUUAUCAUUUUAGUUAAUAUGGGUUUAGUUCUCAGUGUUACAACUGUAUCCAAAAAGGUACUACUGAACAGCUGUAGGUAUUUACCAUCUCUGAUCUUCAAGAAUUUACCAAACCUGUUUUUUCUAGUAUAUUCUCCUCACAAUAUCACCCCUGAAUCACACAUUAAGGUCACAAGUAUAAGAUAAAUGAUCACCAAUUGAAGAAGCUCUUGGCUGUCAUAAAUAUUCUCCUUGUCAGCACCUUAGGAAAUGUUUGAAGAACAUUAAGGAGGAUAUGCAUAUUGACAUUUGGGUGUAGAGUGUUUACAAUUUUUAUCAAAUCUUUGCUGCAGGAAAUCAUUUUUGAUUAUACCUUGCAACUAGAAAUAAAUUGGGAGAUAAACAAACGGGGGAAUGUGUAAGACAGAGGAUAUAACUUUACUAUCAACCGUCAGCUUACUACUGAGAAAUUAUCAACUGAAGAAUUGAUUUAAUCUUGACUGAUAUACAUAGACUGAGACUACCUGUAAUACACUUUUCCCUAUAAAAACACCUUGUCAGUGAAUUAUUGUGUUUUUUUUUGUGUAUGUGUGGACAGACACCUUCCAGCAGGAGACAGUCAGCCAGGCUUGCUGUAAAGAGAAAGGUCCUUGCUGACAAAAAUGGCAAUUCUAGCAAGGUAUUAAACAGCACUGGCAACACAUCAAUACAAGUGCUUAAUGGAUUCAGCUCAAACAGCAAUAAGAAUGAGUCAAUGGUUGUUUGUACCUCAUACAAUGAGUUUGCUGUAAGUGGAAUUAAAUCUCUUAAAUAUUCCUUUUCACAAAUUUAAAACACAAGAGUGAGAGUUGCAUUAUUGUGGAAAGACAUGAAUUUUCAUCACAUUCAGUAAUCCACAUGAGAUUCAAUUCAUAGUUAAUAUAAAUAUAGAGAUUAAGGAUUAUUAAAUGAAUUUUGACACUUUUGUGUCAUGUGGAAAAUAAUAACUGUAAGUUGGAACAAAAGUAGAUUAAUUACCUUCAUAGAUACAAACAACACAUACAAAUAAGAUUAAUAUGGUUUGGAAUGUAGCAUUCAGCAGCUAUAGCAGAUAGAAAGCAGUAAGGUGAUUGUAUAAUUAUAGUAUUAUUAGGACUGCUGUAUAAAUUAAAUCCUGAGAUAAUUUUUGGUAAAAAGUGAGACAUUCUACAUGUACCUCUGCAUUUUUAUACUAGAAGGCAAGGUUUCUUUUUUCUUUUGGUAAUCUGAGAACUAAUUUGCCUUAUUUGUGGGACACAAAAAUCCCAGAAAAUUGUGGUGUUGUGUUUUUUUUUUAAUAGAACAAUAAGAAUAAUGUAAGUUGUCAAAAGAAUAAAUUUAUAAUAGGUGCCCCUGAGAAUUUUACUGUCUGUAAUACUAUGAGCUAUGGAUAGCAAUUUGCAGUCAUUAUGAAUGCCUUUCUUGUUUCUUAUCCAAUUUUGAAAUAAUGUGUUAUUGCAUGAUUUCAGACCAAAUUGCACUCCUUCAAUUAAUUGGAUAACACAUAUUUAAUUAUUGCAUAGUUUUUACUUAUAAACAUUUCACAGCAUUUGGGCAUUAAGGGGAGAGGUCUGUUUUUUUUUUUUCUAAUUCAUCACUGACCUGUAGAAGGAACUUAAGUCAUCAACCUUUGCUUUAAAAUGUCUACACUGAGAUGGAAUAAGCACAGAUGUGCAGUUUCUUUGCUGUCUUUUAUGAUCAAUCACAUGAUUUUUCCAGGCUGCAGCACUUACUUAUGAGCACUCUUAAAUUUUUUGUCUUUUUUGUGAAAGGAGUUACAAAACCAGCAACCUAUGGUUGAUUUAAAUACAUCUCUCAUUGCAUGUUCUCAUUGACUAAUCUCUUGACAAACUUUCUCUUGGUUUUGCUUGUGCCAAAUGGUUUAGACUGUUGCUUUAUAAGUAGCUGUAAUUAUAUAUAAUCCUAUCCUGACUGCUUUUAACCCAUUUGCAAUCUGAUGUUGACCUAAAGGAUUUAUGUAUUUUGCAUGAGUGCAUGGUAAACUUUUCUGAUGUUUAUCCUAAAGGCUUUGCAUCUAACUUGUAAAGAUAUCUGAUGAGAUUUCUUUGUUCUCCCAUAGAAUGGCUUGGCACAGGAAGAGAAUAACUGUCGCAGCAGUAUGCUCAGCAGAACACAUUCAGUGAUUUCAUUUGUCUGACAAGGGACACAGUCACACAACAUGCAUCUUACACAAAAUGAACUUAUCAAAUAGUUGUGAACUAACAUUUCAUCAAAGAUGAAGACACAAUUACGACAAAUGCUUUUCUGAGGCUUUGUUCAUUCCAUAAGCUAUCGGCUGUCUUUUCAAAUUCAUGCAAAUUUUUGCUACAGUAACAGUGUGUUUGGUGCCAUCAUUUGAACAGAUUUUAAACACAUCUCUGCUGCACUUUAGCCUCAAUGAUCAGUUUCAUGCUAUUUUUAAUACACCACUGUACACUUUUGUAGACUUUUAAUACAAAUUUGUGGAUUAUUUUUAGGGCAAUAGAGGUUGAUGUCUUUUUAUAAUUAUUUAUAGCAUAUUAAAUGAUACCACUUUUAAAGGGCAUGUGGGAUGGUAGUGAAUUCUUUUGUCAUGUUAAGUGAAUGAAGCCAACAAGGUACAGUUAGAGUGAGGCAAUAUAGUGCCUGUAUACUACCUUCAUUCAGCCAAUUCAUUCUAUUACACCUCUUGGGUCUUGCAGGGGAGAGACUCAAUUCCAGGACUUAAUUUAAAGUGUUAAUUUUUUUUUGUUAUGAAACACAAUCAUGUUAGCACUCUGUAAUGAAUUUGUAUGCACUAUUGCAGUUAUGUAGGAACUUGUAUGCCUGCAUAGCAGUCUUUUCCAUUUACUUUUAUCUAAGUGGGAAUAGCACAGAGCCAAACCAUAAACACCAAGGCAUAGGUGAAAGUAAGAAUAAAGAAUCAAGACCUCACCCUACUCUUAUGUAACCCCUUGACCCCUUACUCUUACAUAACCUCUUGACCCCUUACUCUUACAUAAUCUCUUGACACCUGAGAGUCACUGGCAUCUAAUUUCUCCCCGUCAGAGCACAGUAGAGAGAAUAUGCAUACUGAUGUCAGGGUGUGAAAGGUUAAGUUAUGCUUUUACUUCCAUUAAAGCCCUUUGUCUUUGCAUGACUCCCUCUACUCAGGUUCUUCCCCUAUUGGCUAAAAGGAAAAGGAGAAGACUUCCAGGCUAUCAAUAACUAAGUUCAAUGUGAAAUGUCAGUACUCCUGUGGACUGCUGGGACCAGUUGUUCAAAGAAUGGAUAACCCUGUCCAAUGGAAAAAUUGCUAUCCAGUACACAAUGUACUGUGGUGUGCACAUGAUAGACAUUUAUUCAGUGGAUAGUGUUAUCCACCUUUUGUACAACCAUGGUCUGGUCUGUAUCAGUAAAAUGGUUGUAUAUAAUUUCUAAGGAAACUAACAUUUGGCACAAUAAAAGAUUUAAAUGCC